UCUCUCUGUUCAGUCUCGUGCGAGACAUAGACCAGCACGCGGCCAAGGCUUAAAGAGCUCGCGCGCGCUGUCCCGGCUCCCCGGACUGUUGUCAUUUUGUUGGAUUUUGUUGUCUAUUUCGAUCGGGAUUUUUGUGUAUUUCUGUUAGUGACGGACUACCACACCAAACCGUAAGCGCAGGAUCCACCCCUGUCAAAACACUGCAACUCCAGACCGACUUUAGAGGAAAGCACGCUAACGGGAGGACAAAAAACAGGGAACCAAAGUAUUCGGAGCCGUGGCCCGUUCUGACAGACAGGCACAUGAGGAGCAGAAGCGGCGUGUCACCCAGAUCCUGACGAGCAAGCUUGCUUCUGGACCCCCCCACCCCAGUCAACCGCCCACCCCCAGAAGUGGGCAGGAAGGACACUAGCGACGACUCCUCCUGCAGACAUGAGGUCCUUCCGUUCCUUCAGUAACGAUGACCGCCAUGUAAUGGCGAAGCACUCCACCAUCUACCCUUCAUCUCAGGAGUUAGAAGCUGUUCAGACGCUGGUGUCCACUGUCGAGUGCGCUCUCAAACACGUCUCUGAUUGGCUGGAUCAGACUAGCGGCAACGCCCAUAACCAGUUCGACAGCCAACCAGAAGACAGUACAGAGGAAGAUGACCCUGGCGUUGAGCCCAGCGAAGCAGCUGAGGAAGCCGCUGAAUGCUACAGGGAGUCCAGCAGCGGUGGGCUGCUGUGUGGAGUGAUGAGGAUUGGUCUCGUGGCCAAAGGGCUUCUGAUCAAAGGCGACAUGAACCUGGACCUGGUGCUGAUGUGCAGAGACAAGCCCACAGCAGCACUGCUGGACACAGUCUGUCAGAAUCUGCCCACACAGAUCCAGAAGCUGACAGAGGAGAAAUAUGAGGUCACAAGCUCCUUGCCGGAGGCAGCCAUCUUGGUAAAAACCACAACAGAGCCCAAACUCACACUGAAGGUUACCCUCACUUCACCAGCAAUGAGGGAAGAUGAAGAAGAAGAAGAGGAGGAGGAGGAGGAGGAAGAAGACGAGGGGGAAGAGGAGCUGGAGAGUGGAGGGGAAGUGGGGGAGACAGUGGAGGAAGUGAAGGAGGAAAAGGAAGAGCAUGUACCAGAAAAUGGUCAAGUGUUGGGUGCUGCUGCGCAGAAAGUGGAGGCUGAGGAGGAGGAGGAGGGGGAGGUGCUGGAUAGACACAGAUGUCUCCUGGCCCUGGCAGCCCUGCGACACGCCAAGUGGUUCCAGGCUCGAGUGAACGGACUCAAGUCCUGUGUUAUCGUUCUCAGGAUACUUAGAGACAUGUGCAAUAGACACCCCAACUGGGAACCUCUCAAAGGAUGGCCCUUAGAGCUAAUAUGUGAGAAAGCCAUUGCCACCUGCAACAGACCCCUGGGUGCAGGAGAAGCUCUGCGUCGAGUCAUGGAGUGUCUGGCUUCUGGCAUACUCCUACCAGGUGGCCCCGGCUUACAUGACCCAUGCGAGAAAGAGCCUACAGACACUCUAGCCAACAUGACCGACCAGCAGGCCGAGGCUAUUACCUGCAGCGCACAGCAUUCUCUCAGACUCAUGGCAUUCGGACAGAUCUACAAGGUGCUGGAGAUGGAGCCACUUCCUUCAAACAAACCAUCACAGAAAUAUCCCUGGUCUGAUAAAGAAGGUUUGGGGAUGAAGAGGCCUUAUGAGGAUGGAGCCAUGGAUGACAAAGACCUCAUCAAGAAAAUGAAAAGAAACCUCAGAAAAGUUCUCGACAGUAAAGCCAUCGACUCCAACCAGCCUAUGAACGCUCUGAUGCGCUUGAACCAAAUCCGGCCGGGUCUGCAGUAUCGCCUGCUGUCCCAGUCGGGGCCAGUUCAUGCCCCCGUCUUCACCAUGUCCGUGGACGUGGAUGGAAGCAAUUACGAAGCAUCUGGAUCCUCCAAAAAGACCGCCAAGCUUCACGUAGCUGUCAAGGUUCUUCAGGCGAUGGGAUACCCGACAGGAUUUGACUCAGAUCUGGACCCCAUGAGUUCUGAUGAGAAGUCUGACGGUGAAGGGAAGAGCGAUUCGUCUUCACACACGAGCAAUAACCCAACGCAUUCUCUGGAUGGCUCCAAUACACUGGAGGUACGAACUCAGGGUCCCAUACUGACAGCAAGCGGGAAGAAUCCUGUCAUGGAGUUAAACGAGAAAAGGCGAGGCCUCAAAUACGAGCUCAUCUCUGAGAGCGGAGGAAGCCACGACAAACGCUUUGUGAUGGAGGUGGAGGUGGAUGGGCAGAAGUUUCGUGGGGCAGGCCCCAAUAAAAAGGUAGCAAAAGCUAGCGCCGCUUUGGCGGCUCUGGAAAAGCUGUUCUCCGGUCCCAACGCAUCCGCAAACAAGAAGAAGAAAAUAUUGCCUCAGACUAAAAGCGCUCUGGCUGCAGCAGCAGCAGCCUCAGCAGUAGCAGCACAGGUAGCCAGAGGAAGAGGAAGAGCCGCUCUAGCAAGAGGGGCCUUCGUCAGUGCAGCUGCUCCUGGAUACGUCACACCAGGUUUCGGGACGCCGUAUGGUUACAGCCCUGCUGCAGCAGCUGCCCCUGCUUAUGGCGGUCUGUUUAUUGACAAUCCUUUCUACCAGCCACGUACCAUCGCUCCUUUCAUCAUCCAUCUGGGUCCGCAGGAUCUCUUUUCUGACUUCUGAAGGCAGCCGUCGGGCCAAUGCGCUCUUCACUCGGACCCGUUUGCAUACGCAGGACACCCGGCUGCACACAGGCCUGUUUUCUCUCUCUGUCCGUCCAAGCGGGGCGCCUUUCUAUCCAGACUGUCGGAUUCGCUCACAGGUUCAGUUUCGCUUGGAUUAGCCCUCCCAGAUAAACUUAUCUGACCUUCUGACCGGAGCUCAGCUCUGACUUCUCUCCGGCGAGAUGACCCUCCUCUGAAGGGAGCAACUUUAUAAAAGCAAUACUGGGGAUUCUACGAGGAACGCUCAGCUGGGAUUCUGCAAGAACAGGCUGAGCUUUAGUCUUUCUUAUAGCAAUACACCUGAACUGGUCUCUUUGAGCUCCUUUACUUGAGAAGAUGUGAAUGUCCAACAAAGUUUAUCUCCAACAGCGCAUUGCAAUAGUUAGUUAUGAUUGUAUAUUCCCUGUAUGUGUUGCUACUAUAUACCUAAAUACGGUGUAUUUCUAUAACGUGUUGACAAUAAUUAUAUAUGAUGAUGUACUUUAUGUAAAUAGCCUAUAAAGUAUAACUAUUGUUGUUACAAAUUAUUUUAAAUGAUGAAUUGAUAUGUAACUGUUAUAUCACAGUAUAGCUUUCUUCCAAUUUUCUAUACACUGAGCAAUUGAAGCUAGUUCUAGAUGAUGCAAUAUUAUCUUUGGUAUUCAUAUUAACCUGUGCUCGUGAAUAUUAAUGCUUCCUUCUUUCCGUCCUCCUUUUCCCUCUUGUCUUUGAUGUCCCCUCUGAGCACGCUCUCUGCUUCCCGGGGUUCGUUUUUGGCAGCCCAGAACCAGAGCUCCUCAAAGCCUGGCACGCUCAUAUCCCAUCCCACACACUCUCUCCUGUCACAAAGCACAUUUUCUAUAAGCUUCACUGCUGGCAGGGAAUACUCUUCUUACAAGGUCUGUUUGUUUUGGUGUGUAUGAUCUGACGUAAGCCCCCCCCCCGUCGUGGUUAACGGACACACAACCAUCAGCCGUCAUCGCUCCCAUCCCGCUUGCCUUAUACGCAGUCAAGCUUCUGUGCUUUUCACACACACACACUUCUUAUUCUCUUCAGCCGUUUUCUCUGGAAAUGGCUUUACUCUACAAACAGCACAAUCUAUUGGUGGACUGGUUUUAGAUACAGAGAACCAGACGGGCCUGAUGGAGGUGGAGGGAUUCUGCAGGGCCAGACGGCUCUGCGGUUUGAUUGAUACCUUCAAGCUCGGAUUCAAAUGCCUUACCUGAUUUCAGAAAUGAUGGCGGUUCUUGCAGGUCUACACUGUUGUGUGAGUUUACCCCAGCCGUAGCACACGCUGAAUGUAUGUACUGGAAGUAAGCGCUAAACCAAUUUGGCCGAUUAAUGUUCUGAUUGCAUUAGGCGAUAUCAGCAGAAGCGAGCAGACAGUUUUUGUUGUUGAGACCCCUGAAAGCUCUCCAUCGCUCACAUUUCCAGCCUUUUAACAGAGGCGAGAUGUCAGUCAGCAGAGGUGCAAUCGAAACAGGCCGCGCCUCCAAAGGCUUUGAUUCUGCUGGUAUUCGACUCGGUCUGAGCACCAGUUUGAUCUGUGGAGCUUUGAUUCAUCCGGAGCGACACCCGAGAAAGAAGCGGCAGACACGUUGAGACUCCGUAUUCCUGAAAGCAAACGCCGGUUCGAUUUUUGACACUGAUGAGCCGAUAUCAGAUGAUGAAUUGUUGCACCAGACUCUGAGAAGCUGAAUUUGAUGUGCAAAUCUGUUUGAACAGCCUCUACUACAUGGUUAUUACACCAUCUGACAUCUUCUGUAGGGAAAGGCGCUCUAGCCGCCACCAUUUAAUCUGGUAGAUAUUUGUCCUGGUUUUUACCUGACAGGAAGAAAAACACCAGAAUUUCGACUUGUGUGUGUAUAUAUAUAUAUAUAUAAAAGAAAAUCUGCAUCCAGGUUUUAUUUAGGUUUCCGAUGUGCUGCCUGUACCAUGGCGUGCAGAGAGCAACAUGGUCAUUUUGAAGACGCUAUGAUGGGAAUGUGCAGGAUGUUCUCUUAAUGAGACACAAGUCCUUCAUUCUAGAGUUUAUUGAACUGAAUCAUUCCUCUUCAAUUCCCCCCAAAAUUUAAAUAUUUGUUGUUCUAAAACGAGAAAGAAAGCAAUCCUAACAAAAAAAAUGAGGGUCAAACCUUUGCAUAGACGAUUAUAAAAGGUUAUAUCUGUAGUUUUCUUUGAGCUAAAAGCUAAAUUUGAACAGUUCUUAAGUUUAAACUUUACUUGUCCCCUAAAAGAAUACAGCAACCAAAGACAUGCAGCAUACUUUUGGCAUCUCUUCUUAAAAAAAGAAAGAAAAUAUCUCAUUUAAGUUAUGAGAUUUGUUCCUUGGUUCUUCAAAAAAUAGUUUCAAAGGCCUCGGUAAAACCCCAAUGGUUUGUCUUUAGUCCAUGUGGAUGAGAAUAAUCUUAGGUUGUGUCAGAAUUCUUUCACUACUAUACUUUGUGCACUAUUGGGGGCAUUUUAUUUGGCUCUCCAAAUCCUAGAAAUUUCCCAGAAUCCUCUAUGAAAUCCAGUGUGCAUAGAUGCUCUCUAAAUUGGAAAAUAUAGACCACAAUGCAUUGCGUCUGAACGAUUUUUCAUGUGGAAAGAAAUGUCUUUUAAGAGUUUUUUAAUUAACCAUCAACGUUUUGCUCAUCAGAACACAGUGGAUUUAUAAAUAAGUCUUGUUUUUAGUUAUUAGGGUUUUUACUUUGGAAAUCCGUGACGUCAUAUUUGAAAAAGUAGUGAGUAGUGUCCGAAUUGCUUUUAUAAUCCAGGGCACUUGAUCGUUUUGUAGUAGUUAGGAAUUAGGGAGGGGAUUCGGACGUACCCGGAGUCUCAAUAUUUGUGAAAAUUCCCUUCGCAUUUAGAGGCAUAGAGGAUGUUGGGGUCAACUGGAGAGAUGGCUUACUUUUACCUCCUAACCAACAAGAAAGCGUGAAAACAGUCUCCGAAACGCCAUGCGAGGCGUGAAGGACCCGGACAGAAGGGCCUGUGAUUUUCCCAGUUCUCACUCUGCCUCCACAGUUUUCCAAACACUGCCUCAUAGCUUGUGUGCAACAAAAACGCCACCUCUAGAUCAACAAAGCACAAAAAAACAAAAAAAAAGAACACAAGCGAUACACUCACACACUGUACUCAGGGCCACCUGACACACACACACACACACACUUAAACACAAGUGAGCACAUGUCAAACAACAUGUUUAUAUGUCCAUGUUUGACAUCAAGGCACAGUCUUUGCUGCAUGACUCGUACAUUUGUGAGUGGUGUUUGGACGGAAGGAUUUGAGCCAUGAAUUGAGGGGAACGCCACUCCACCCACGUCAUUUUCCCAGCGCUUCACGAGGGGCCGCCUGUAGCAUUAAAAAAAAAAAAAAAAAAAAAAGGGAGCAGUGCUGUCAUCGAAAUCCUUCGAUCCCGUCAUGUGUCGAGUAUAGUUGAAAGAGUUUGAGUGACUUAAAGGUCAGAAAGAGAAGUGGGCUGUUUUUUCUCAUCUGCAGGGAGGGAUUUAUUCAGACACCAAAGACUAAGUUUCACACGUGUGAUCAAAUCUGCAACCUCAGAGGUGAAUGGAGGACAGCAUCUGAUGACCCCAAGGUUUGCUUUUGUGCAAGCUAAUGCAGAAUCUGAAGGAAAGCUGCACCCGCCCCCCUGCUCAUAUUUAGGGUUUAGGUCACUAAAUUAGUCCAGAAGCAGCUGGAGAAUAGCUGGAGAACCAGCCAGGAGCUUCAUCAGCGAGUGGACCUGAGGUCUGCAGGGCAGCGGCAGAAAUAGAUCGCGGCUCACGUUUCAACUGAGGUAGCAAAAGUUAACAAGACUCAACUGCUGAACGCAUGGCUUUCUCUGCAUGCGUGUGCAUCUGUGACGGGGAGGGGGGGGGAGGGGGUCAGCAUCCAUUUGCACACACAUACACAUAAUGCUGCAGUUGCACUGAGCAUGAAGUUGCAUAGUUCUUGGUCAUGGUGCACUGAUUGUUGAAGCCCUCCUGAUAACUGAUCAAAAGCAUUUUGGUUGGGAAUGUACACUGUUGCUAUAGUGAUUGUUGAUUAGAAUGUAUUUACUCAUAGAGUAAACGUGCUUUUUUUGUAGAGAAGCAUAUAGACGAAAAUAUAUAUGGUUAAAUACAUAUAUAUCUAUAUACACUAUAUAUCUUUUGAGCUGCCUGUCUGUGUGAGGAUUAUUUUGGGUGCAUUUACAUUGUUAAUAUGAAUUUCCUUUUUUUUUUCUUUUUUCAAAGAAAAUGUCAUUGUUUUGACAAAAGUAGCUGCUUUUAUGUGUUUUGCUUUUUCUGUAAAUACAGGUUUUUUUUUAUUUCGACUAAAGAGAAUUUAAAAGAUACAGUUUUAAGAUGCUGCCUAUUUAUGACAUUUACGACGUGAAAUCUGUUUACAGAAGCUGCAUUCAUUAUUAAAGUUGGGAAAUGUGUUCGGCCGAGGCCGCUUCAAGAGGAACCAUGAAGGCUGUUUUUUCCAGCGGCUUCCAUUAUUGUUUGAUUCCAACCACAUUCACGGCGGUGACGGCCUGCGGCGGUCACUGUUCCCGUCCUGACGAAUGCCUGGUGAGCAGAAAAUAAAACGGAGAAAGUGCAGAGUCUCAGUCGGUACUUGGAUAAUCAAAGUAUUUAUGCUGAAAAAUGAGUGUACUGCAUCAUUAAAGCAAUGUCUUCAAAACAGA